CAGAGGGCGCUGUUAGUAAAGUUACGUCAUAACGCAAGCGGAAGUUGUCAAAACUCUACGGUGUUGGAGCAUCGAACGUUCAAAACAGUGCAUUAUUUUGACGCUAUGAGCCGUAAAAGAAAUCACAGUCUGAUUGAAACGGGGCAGCUGGCUGAGUCUCAGGCCGCGCUGAUGGACAGCACAGGGCCCUCUGGCCGAGCGGAGGAGAGCUUCUGCGAGCUGGAGCUCGAUGAGGAGCUGGUGUGUUCAGUCAGUGAGAUCACCGAGCACCUCGGCAGGAACAUCACCGUGGCGCUGGAGGAGGCCCUGUCCGAAAUCCGCAAAGUAGUGAGCGCACGAACCAGGCUCCUGAAAAUGGAGCUGAGGGAGAAGACAGAUGAGAUCGAGCUGCUCAGAGCCCGGCUGGAGUGUGUGGCCAGCGAACCGGCCAGGAAAGCCGACUUCCUCCAGGCGCCACAGAAGAGCAGCAGCACGGAGCCAAAGAAAGCCAAAGCGGCCGCUCCUGCUGUCAAAAAGGAGAACAUCGACGCCAUCUGCGACUAUCUGAUGAAGGACAAGAACUCUCGCGGAGGAGCUGAGGUGGAGAGCGAGCGGCAGCACCAGGCCUCACUCAGCCCCUGGACCGAGAGCGAGGACAUCUUCAGCAUGUUGCCCUCCGCCAGCAAGAGACUCUACGAUUAUGAGUGGAUGUCUGGAGUGGAGCUCAACUCCACCUCUGACUAUAAAGGUGAAUCGGAGUCCAAGUGUGAGAAUGCUAUAGCUGCAAGAGCGACAGCUGAAGAAGAGUCUGAAGAAGGGAGAGGGAUGGGGCCGGUCUCGGAUGAUUCCUCUGCUCCGUUUGCUCUGGAUGCUCACGGCUCGCCAGAGGACGAGAACAGCAGCCCAGUGGAGGACAGCAUUGACCGAUUAGAUCCAGACCAGCACUUCUCUGCCCCUACCUUCAUCUGCCCCUUCUGUGGAACCCUCUGCCCAGACUCGUCGUUCCUGGAGGAGCACAUGAAGCUGAUGCACCGAGAUGAGAGCGCUCAGGCUGCUCAGUCUGGCUCGUCUUCCAGCGGUGGGCAGGGCAGCGAGGGAGAGGUGUGGCGGAAGGCAAGCUCUAGUGACUCCCAAGCUCGUGAGAAGAAGGUGGAAGGUGGCUACGAGUGCGGAGACUGCGGCCGCCGCUUCAACUACCUGGGCAACCUGCGGCAGCAUCGGCGCAUCCACACAGGCGAAAAGCCGUUUGUGUGCUCUGAAUGUGGUGAGAGAUUCCGGCACGCCGCUCGCCUCAAGAGCCACCGGCUCAGCCACAGCGGCGCGCAGAGCCCCUUCCCAUGCCCGCAGUGUGGUAAGGGCUUCCCCGUGCUCUCCGGUCUUAAACGACAUCAGCGUGUGCAUACAGGCGAAAGCCCCUACGCGUGCCCCCAGUGCGGUCGGCGUUUCAAAGAGCUCGGCAACCUGUACACACACAUGCGCAUUCACAGUGGCGCCACACCCUAUACAUGCUACCAGUGUGGUCGAAGCUUCCGACAUUUAGGGACUUACAAAAGCCAUCGCUGCACCCCCAUUACACAGGUACCCAGUGCACACGGUCCAGCGUGGCCUCAAGAGGACAAAGUCCAAACUGGAUAAAUAGAAUUCUGCUAGCUUUGUUAAGUAAGGCACUGUAGUGCUACGUUUCUUCUUCAGCAGAUGUUUGAGGAAUGUCUAACCUCAGUUGCGAGGAUGCUAAAUGCUAAAUGUUAUGGACAGAGAUAGGACACUUAAAAAAGGAAAGAAAGACGUGGCCCAUUUCUGCAAUCUCAUUUCGGGUUCAGGUAUGCUGAAACCUUCAGUAGGACAGAUAAUAUAAAGAAUCUGAUUAGAUCAGGUCCUAAAUCGGAUGUUAAUGUAGAGCAGAUGGGUUUGAUGUGAAGGAGGAGACAACUUGAAGUGAGGAGAAAUUAGCACAUGCUGCUUUAACCCAGGUUUGUUUAGGAAAAAAGACAUACAGCAUUAAAAUAUUCUCACAUUUAAUAUGGACUGUGUUUCCAAAACAGUGAGCAUGCAUGUUGAUUUGUGAGAGUAAUAGUACUACACAGCUGUUGAAAAUCUUUUUAAAAUGUUUUUUUUUUUUUUUUUUUUUUUUUUUUUUUUUUUUUUUUUUUUUUUUUUUUUUGUAAGAGCAGUUAUUUUAGUUCACAACAAGCUUCGGUUUUGCAAUCAGCCUGAGUUUAUAUGCAUCUGAGCCUUUUGUGUUUUAGAUAUCCUUGUGGUAAGAGCAAUGCUGCUGUUGCCCUCUGGAUGAUGUGUUACUGUAUCGACUGCUUCAGUAGUUGUAUAGGGAAUAUCCUGAACUUUUCUAUUUGUGUUCUAGUUUACUACUUUAUCAUGUAAUUGACACUAUUAACACACUGUUUAUUUGGAUUUAUUUAAGUAUGUCCACUCUUUUAAUAUCUAAGCAAAGUCUAUAAUGUGCAAAAACUACGGAACGCAAAACAAAAACAUUCUUUUUCAGAAAUAUAAAGACUGUUGUGUAGGUAUUUUACAUGGUAAGAUGAAAGUCAGAGAUUAAGUUGUGAUGUCAGUUGCAUCAUAGGACUUUUAUUGAAAAUUAUACCCAGUGUAAAAAAAAAAAAAAAAAUUGUAUGACUGUUAGAUAAGGUGAUACAAACUGUCCGUGAUCAAAUACCAUUGGACUGGUCUUUACCAGUUACUGCCAACGUAGUUGUACCCCUAAUUAAUAAACAUUAUAUGAUCUGAAA